AUGGCGCGCAAGUCAACAGACGUGAAGGCACCCUGCAAGCAAGUGGCCACCAAAGUGGCCCACAAGAGUGUGCUGGCCAUGGGCAGCGUGAAGAAACCGUACCACUAUCAGCCGGCACCUUGGCGCUGCAUGAGAUCCACUGCUACCACAAGUCCACCGAGUUGCUUAUCAGCAAGCUAUCUUUACAGCGGCUGGUGUGCGAGAUCACUCAGGACUUCAAGACCUACCUGUGCUCCCAGAGCUCGGCCGUCAUGGCGCUGCAAGGAAGCGUGCAAGGCCUACCUGGUGGGGCUUUUUGAGGAUACCAACUUUUGCACCAUCCACUCAAAGUGCGUCAGCAUUAUGCGCAAGGACAUCCAGCUGCACCAAGAGAGGGCAUAA